AUUUUCAUACGUCAGUGUCAAAUCUAAAAAAUAUUUAGGUAAUAAUUAAAUUAAUGUAGACUAAUCAUUAGUGUUUAAAUUUCACCAUUACAAUCGUACAAAAAUGGACACGAUAGUUUCAAAACACCCUUCGGCCCCAAUAAAUUACAAUGUAUACGACGAUACCGGUCAUGUAAAUUUUGAAAGCCCAAUUUGCAUGUUUAUUAGCGCAGUUAUUUGGCGAAGUAUUUAUUAUUUAUCUCUAUUAUAUUUUCCCAAUCAAAGUAAAGAGUUCAGCUGUAGGAUAUGCUCUUUACUCCACGGUAUUGUAACGGCUUUUAUGGGAAUCAAUCAGUGUUUUCUAUUCGACUGGCCGUUCGAUCAUCCUGAAUGGAAAACGAGCUAUACGCAAUCGUUUAUCAUGACAAUGAGCUGGGGUUACUUUUUUCAUGAUUUUAUAUGGAUGUUGCAGUAUGAUAGAGCAGAUAAGACAAUGAUGGCUCACCACCUAAUAAGCCUCCUGGGUCUCACCAGAUUCAUCUUCAAAGGAUACACUGGUGCCCAAGUGACUUGCUCUCUAGGCAGCAUGGAACUGACCAACCCGUUUCUUCAAGCCAGAUGGUAUUUGCGCACCGCAGGAAUGCAAGGAACCCCCGUUCAUAUUUCCACUGAAAUCUCAUUUAUGCUGGUCUUCAUAGCAAUAAGGAUCAUUUUAGGAACCUACUUUUUCGUCAUCAUAUUAAGGCAAUCGAAAAACGAUUGGGAUUUUAUCAUUAUUUCUAUAGGAAUCUAUGUUGUUUCUUGGGUGUUUACUUGGGGUAUCGUGCAAUUGGUCCUUAAGAGAUAUUUUAAGCAAAACCGUAAUGAUGUGGUGGCCUCUGCACAGAAAGAUCAAUAAAGAGCAUAAAUCUUGUUUGGCAAA